GACCGCCAGGUGCGCCGCCGCGGAGCCCGGAACCCAGCCCCCGCUGCGAUGGUGAGCCGCUCCUCUCCCCGCCCUCCAGCCUGGACGGUGCCGCCCGGCCUGCCGCCCGACACCCAGGCUGAGGACGUGAAGGCAGGGUCCAGGAAGCCGCCCAAAUCUGGGGGCAAAAGGGAGCCAGGAGCCCAGACCCCCCCGGGCCUCCGUUUCCCGACCUGUAGAGGGAGGCUACGUCCCCCCGCCCGCUUUCCACAGGGAGCAGAGCCCGCGGCGGGCAGGGCGGGGCCCCUCCCCGAGACGCCGCUGACCCCCCACCGCCUGGUCCACCAGCCGCUCCGUGUCCUCCUGCUCCUGCUCUGGCCGCCCACCAGCCUGGCUCUCCACAGCCCCCCACUCCGGCCAGGGGCCCGCACCCACACAGCCGGGACCCCGCGCUGCUACUCGGCGGCGGAGCUGCCCCUGGGCCACACCCCUCCCCACCUGCUGGCUCGAGCGGCCAAGUGGGAGCAGGCGUUGCCGGUGGCGCUGGUGUCCAGCUUGGAGGCGGCGGGCCGCAGGGGCCGGCACGCGGGAUCGCCGGCCGGGAACCAGUGCCCCGUGCUGCAGCCCGAGGAGGUGCUGGAAGCUGAUGUCCACCAGCGCUCCAUCUCGCCCUGGAGAUACCGCGUGGACACGGACGAGAGCCGCUACCCCCAGAAGCUGGCCUUCGCCGAGUGCCUGUGCCGGGGCUGCAUCAGCGCCAAGACAGGCCGCGAGACGGCUGCGCUCAACUCGGUGCCGCUGGUCCAGAGCCUCCUGGUGCUGCGCCGUCGGCCAUGCUCCCGGGAUGCGGCGGGGGUGCCCACGCCCGGGGCCUUCACCUUCCACACCGAGUUCAUCCGAGUGCCCGUGGGCUGCACCUGUGUCCUGCCCAGGUCGGCCCGGUGAUCACUGGCUCGGCUCCUGGACUGGCCUCCAGGGACGCCCCUCCUAUUUAUGUGUAUUUAUCGGGUAUUUAUGUGCCCCCCUGGGGCCCUGGGCGGGUAACGAGGCUCCAGGCCUCUGCUUUGAGACCUGGCCUGGGAAGGGCCCAGCCCCCGGUGCCUGGGGGAUGACCCUGUGCUGGGCAGCCCCCAGCUGGAGAGGCAGUUUAUCCUUUGACAGAAACAGCUGGGCUAGAAGGAACAUUCUCACUCUUCUGGAACUUGCUAAAACACCUACAGAAAAGGGAAAAGGUGUUCUGAUGGCCACCUCCACUUCCUGGCCUCCUGGGCUCCCCUCACCCCAGCCCCCCGGGAGGAACAAGCACCCCUGUGUUUCUAAAACAGCUAUUUAUUUUACACGUGAAUACGCGUUGUCUCACGGCUAAACAGUAUCUCAGAGCACAACACUGGCUGGCACAGAGGGCAGUGGGUGAAGCCACUCUCUCACCCUCUACGCUGCCUGGUCGUUAACACCCAGCUGGUCCCCCAGGGGCAGCCACUGGCCCAGAUCGUGGUGUGUCCUUCUAGGAAGGUCUAUGCAUGGACCCAGGUGCACCCAGGGCGGGGUUAUGUUUUAACAGAGUGGAGCCCAGGUGUGCCCCGCUGGCCAUGCAGUAGCUCCCGGGUCUGGCGAUGGGACUCAUUCCCAAAGCCCAGCCCUCUCCCCACAGACGUGGGUGUGGCCCCUGGGGACUACCUCCCUACCCCAUGGACAGGUGUCCUGGGGUGACUUCCCGGGGGUCCGCUCAGGGGGACAUGUCUCUGUAGCCUGGCUGAGUCAUGCUCCCCCAACCCCAGCAGAGGCCCAGGCAGCUCUGGAAACCCCCUUGGGCUUCUGUCCACCACGGGUGACCUGCCAGACGAGGGGCAGCCAAGCUAACGGGCACCUCCCAGCUCAGGCACCCAGCCAGCCACCUGAGAACCGCCUGACCUAUCACGGCAGAAGGUCCUGGCUCAGAGCACGUUUCGGGACAAUGAGUUUAGGGGCCCAGGAGUGCGUGGCCUCAGCAGUUCUCGAUCAGCUACGAUGCCCGCUUUGGAGCCUCAGUCCCCACACCUGUGACGCACGUCAGCUCUAAGGGCUGUGGGGCUGCAGGGCAGUUGUCUGCACCCCCCUGCCACUUUCACCUGCUGAUUGACACCUACUGUGUGUAAGGCCCAGGAAGAGGGGAGGGGUCUCAGAAGGCUACCCGGAGGAGGUAACCUUUAUCUUGAGCUUGGAAGGAGUCUUCAAUCAGCACUUACUGAGUUUCUGCCCUGUGCCCAGGACCGGGAUCAGAGCUGUGAACAAAAUGGAUAGCUCCCCACCUGCCCCGUGGGUGACCGACCACCACGGCCCCAUCAGCGAAGCCCUGGGCCGGUUGGUGGUGAAGGGAUAAGGGAAGGGAGAGGGGCUGCAGUGGUGGCCACCUGGGCACCACCUGAGUGGCCAUCCGGGGCCCAGUGCUCCAGGCAGAGGGGAUGGCCUGUGCAGAGGCUGAGAAGGUGGCCUGCCUGUGCCCGGGGGGCAGUGUGGCUGGAGCCCAGUGGACGGGGUGACAAGGGCCACAGCAGGUGCGGGCGGGGGCCGGAGACAGUGUCCGUCCUGGGCUAUGGGAGCCUGUGGGCUCCGAGCCGGGCACCGGGCGGGACAGGGCAGUGCUGGGAGUGGUCUGGGAGUGGGGGCGGAGGAACGGUGGGCCGACUGGAUUUAUGCUGAAGACGAAGAGUGUUGGCUGACAGGCAGUGUGCCCUCCAGGCCAGAGGUCCCUAGAGACCCCCAGCUCUGAAAGUGUGAGAGCAGGAGGCGAGCGAUUUAAGGGCUUUUCCAGACUUCGGGGGAGUGGGUGCCGGGGAAGGAAGGGGCUUCCCAGGCUGGGGUGUGAGCUGAAGCCAGGCAAAGCUUCGGGGCCACAGGGGCUCCUGGGCCCGCCAUGGCUACUGUGGUGUGUGUGCGGUGUGUGCGCGGGGGCAUGUAUGGUGUGUGGGUGUGUACGUGUUAACCGAACCCACUUUGGGUUCACUCACCCGCUGAUGACUCCCCCACCCUCCCUCCCUCCCUCCCUCCCUCUGUCUUUAAAAGCCUUUCCCUGAAAGCCACCAGGGAGUUGGGGGGCUUUUGAGCAUGAGCUGCCCGGACUCCUUGCUUGGUGCCUGUGGUAAACCCUGCACCUGCCUUCACCACAACGCGUGUCAGCAGACUGGCUUUGCUGUGCAGGGGUGAGCAGACCCGAGUUUGGUUUGGUAACAACUUUGGCGACCUGGCUGGAGCGGAAGUCCCAAGUGGGCACCUUGCCCACGGCACACUGGCCCCAGGGUGGUCCAAGGGGUGCUGCAGCAGGUGAGUCCUAGCAGGUCAGGGAGCUGGGGGGACACACACACCCUCCCCCCAGACCUGAGACGUUCUUUUCCAGCGUAGAAACACAAACAGUUGGAAUUCCAGAUACGUGUUUCGUGGAACAGGCGAUGCACUGAGAUCCCAGUGCCAGUGAGGAAGAUGACAGCCCUGUUGCCGGCGAACCUGAAGGAGUCUGCAGAAAAGGGGGUGCCCUGGGCUGGGGGCUGCCCACCCCCACCCGUCUGCAGGAGAAGCCCUCGAAGCUUUGGCGGGACGGGAGUGGCUCGAGGCCCUGGUCACACGACCUCAUCAGUCACCGGCAUGGGGUUUUCCUGGGGGCCACCCCCAGGGACCCCUGCCACCUCCUCCUCACUCGGCUUCUUGCGGGCCUCGGCUGGUGGCCGGGGCGGGGGGUUGCUGGGUGGCUGCUUGAUGGUGCCCCCCACCUGCGGCCGCUCCUUGGGCUUGGUCUCGAUGGGGGUCCAGUGCUCCCCGUGGAUAGCCGCCUGCAGGACAUGGAAGGGCUGGGCUGGGGUCCUCCCAGGCCGCCCCGCCCCGCCAUACGGCCUCCCCGCCCCUGCACUCCCCCACCCCCGCCAGAAGCCAGGACACGACCGAAUUCAGUGAGACCUGAGGGGACUGGAGCUCAGAGAGGUUAUUUGAUGGGCCUGAGGCCACACAGUCAGAACCCAGCUAUUUCACCACAACACAAGGGGCCCCACAAGAGCGAGGGGUGCUGAACCCCGGGGCUCCUGAAAGAUCCCCUGGAGGCAGCUUCCAGGUGCACAGCCCAAGGCCAGCCUUCUUCCCAGGGACUAAGGGCCAGGAGCAGGCCAGAAGCCCAGGCCUGAGUGGCCAUGAUGCUGAACUGAGGCCGGCAGCUCUGGGGGAGGCGGGUGGGGAGAGGCCCAGGAGGGUGGCCACGGAGGCCAGGGGCCCAGGUGUGUUGAGGAGGAAGAGUGCACGGCCCAGGGAAUUUGCUGAAAUGCAGACUCCAGGGCCAGAGGCCAAGUGGACCUGAGAACGUGUAUCUUUCAUUUUGUCUCCCCUAAUACAUUAGUUGAUACAAAAACACGUGACAGCAUAGACUUUAUGAAGCAUAAGAAUAAAGUGAAU